AUGGCAUCAUUCACAAAUUCAAUUCCAAUCCCUUCAUUGAACCCAUCUAUUUCCACCACCUCUUCGGAAUUCUUAAACACUUUAUCGAAUGAUCUUUCAUGGUUACUCGACAACACCGAAGAUUGUGAUGUCAUAUUGCAAGUUGGUCAAGAACCGAACAUCCGUAAAUUUUAUGCACAUAUUGCAUUGUUAAGAGCCAGAUCAAGUUAUUUUAGGCUGGCACUGUCAAAGGAGUGGGCAAAACGUGAAGAGGAUGGUCUGGUAUUAUUUCACAAACCUAAUAUCUAUCCGGAAAUUUUCGAAGAAAUUUUAAAGUACAUAUAUAAAGGAACGGUAGACCUUGAUGAACAGAAUGGUCGGAAUUUGCUAAAUCUCCUGACAGCAGGCGAUGAAUUAAUGUUAGAUCAAUUUUGCAGUUACAUUCAGGCUUUCCUAAUAGAACGAAAAUUUGAGUGGCUUGAAGAAAAUCUUGUGGACGUUCUCCGAACUACUCAAAAUUACAAUAAUUGCACCGCAUUAAGGGAGCAUUGCCUUGAGCUAAUUGCUGAAAGACCUGCUUCGAUUUUUAGAUCAGAGGGGUUCGUAUCUUUGGACAAAGAAUUGCUAAUCUCUCUGUUGAAACGAGAUGAUUUGGAGAUGGACGAGGUUGAAAUCUGGAAUUACGUUGUCAAAUGGGGAAUAUCAAAUACCCCUGACCUAUUGGAAUUGGAUAAAGAAAAGUGGACGGAAGAGAAUUACGAAGCUCUGAGUGAUACUCUAAGUCAAUACAUCCCGUUGAUCAGAUUUUUUGACAUUUCGUCGUCAGAUUUUUAUGAUUGGGUCAGACCUUAUGAUAAGAUUCUGCCGAAAGAUUUGAAUGAAGAUAUAGUCAGAUAUCAUUUUAAGCCCGGCAGCAUACCACAUUCAAUAGUACUUCCGCCGAGAGAUCAAGGAAUGAAUUUGGAUUCCUUAAUAAUCAAACCCAUCCACGCAAGACUAAUCUGUGGGUGGAUAGACGGCAAAGAUAUAUUGGGCCCGACUUAUGUUAAAGCAACUUACGAUUUUAGAUUGCUGGUGAGGGGUACCCGGGAUGGAUUUGACGCUACCACGUUUCACACGAGAUGCGACAGGAAAGGUGCCACGGUGGUGGUUAUGAAAUUGGAAGGUUCGGGGGAAAUAUUGGGCGGAUAUAAUGCAGCAUAUUGGAGAACAGGUGCAGUGUACAUUCAAUCAGACAAAAGUUUUAUAUUCUCAUUGCGUGACGGAAAGAAUUUGCAAGAGGUACGGUUGAGUAGGGUCAAGGAUUCUUCGUCGGCGAUGUAUGGCCAUACGUCAUACGGACCACAUUUCGGAACUGCGGAUUUGAGAAUGUACUCAUUGUUUAAUAAUAGUGAAAAUUGUAGUUGCCAGCAAGCAAGUUAUUAUAAGUCAAUUACAGAGCAGGUCAGGUUUGCCGCUGAGGAAUACGAGGUGUUUCAGGUCGUUCAAAAAUAA